UCUUAAAUUUCUUUUCCAAAAAACCUUCGAAAGGUUAAGUUGUAUUUUCAUUGCGCUCCGCAGGAAAAUUUAUAAAAUAAUUGAAAAUGAGUGAGACUUUGCAAUUACGCGGUACCCUUGUUGGACACACUGGCUGGGUUACACAAAUCGCCACCAACCCUAAGGAUCCCGAUACCAUCAUCUCAGCUUCUCGUGACAAGACCCUUAUCGUAUGGAAGUUGACCCGCGAUGAAGACACCAACUACGGUUUCCCACAGAAGCGUCUGUAUGGUCACUCUCACUUCGUGAGCGACGUUGUACUGUCAUCCGAUGGUAACUACGCUUUGUCUGGCUCAUGGGACAAAACUCUCCGCUUGUGGGAUUUGGCUGCUGGCAAGACCACUCGUCGUUUCGAAGAUCACACCAAGGAUGUGCUCUCCGUUGCCUUUUCCGCUGACAAUCGUCAAAUUGUCUCAGGCUCACGGGACAAGACCAUCAAGUUGUGGAACACUUUGGCUGAGUGCAAAUUCACCAUCCAGGAAGAUGGCCACAGCGAUUGGGUAUCCUGCGUACGUUUCUCGCCAAAUCACUCCAACCCCAUCAUUGUUUCAUGCGGUUGGGAUCGCACCGUCAAGGUCUGGAAUUUGGCCAACUGCAAGUUGAAGAACAACCACCACGGCCACAAUGGCUACCUGAACACCGUUACUGUUUCUCCUGACGGCUCCCUUUGCACUUCCGGUGGCAAGGACUCCAAAGCCUUGUUGUGGGAUUUGAAUGACGGCAAGAACUUGUAUACUUUGGAGCACAAUGACAUCAUCAACGCUCUGUGCUUCUCACCCAACCGUUACUGGUUGUGCGUUGCUUAUGGUCCAUCCAUUAAGAUCUGGGAUUUGGCAUGCAAGAAGACCGUUGAGGAACUACGCCCAGAAGUUGUGUCGACUAGCUCCAAGGCUGAUCCACCACAAUGCUUAUCGUUGGCUUGGUCCACCGAUGGCCAGACACUGUUCGCUGGUUACUCUGACAAGACUAUUCGCGUUUGGCAAGUCUCUGUCUCUGCUCAUUAAGCAGCAGUUGUAUGACGCUUUAAAUACAGUGGCGCAUGACUUAUAAUUACAAAGUUAUUUUGUACGUUUUCCAAAAAUGUUGCCCAUUAAUUGGGCAUUCGUGAUUUUAACGAAUGUAUUGAGAAGAAAAAUGUGUACUGUAUUUAAAAAAAAAAUGUUGAUUCAUUGAGCGCUGAUUUGUUUAUUAUAUAAGCAAAUAAAUAACAAGAAAUGUCAAAAAAUCAAAAAAAAAAUGUAUAAUUGUAUAGUUUUGUAUUAAUCUUUAGUUGUAU